AUGCUCUCCUUCCCAUUCUCACCAUCCCUCCUGUCGGUGGCAAGCACCUCUACCGCCGUCUCCACAACGCCUUUACGCUCAGAUGCGUCCAUCAAGGCUCUCCCCCGCUCUUCAGACACCCGUCAGCGCGAGCAAGGCGUCCCAUCCGAGCUCCUCGCCCUCGCGUUCACUCGUCCGGCGCACCCGUCGAAGACGAAGUCAUCAGCAAGCGCGCCCACACACGAGCCGACGAAGACGACGGAAAAGACGAGUCAGGUGGCGUUCGAGGACGCGCGGGCGCGGUGGCAUUUCAACGAGACGCAGCUCGCGCUGUCAACGGCGAAACCACGCUCCGCGGAUGCCCAAGGAGGCGCAGAACUCGCCGACGGCGGGAUACCUGCGCGAGCUCGCGAGCGCUUGAUGCUCGCCGCUCUCGUUGGGCUAUGCCAGUGGACUCCUUCGUUCAUGUGGGCACCAGCUGUAGCGUCAACCGACUUGGGAAAAGCCGGCGCGAACAGUCGUCGUCCCCAUAUCCGGCGUCCUCUGAUUGGUGCUGGACUCGCUCCUCACGGGGUCGCGUGGAAGGCGAAAGACGAGCGGCGGGUGGCACUCAACCUCGAUUACGCGGGGGUGGAGCGCAUGCUGGGCGAGGCCGGUUUACUCCCGUUCGGCUCGCAACCAGUUCUCUACCGCGACUUCCCCGAUACCUCACACACGACGGACCGCUUGAAGAGCAUGCUGUUCCUCAAUGACGACGUCCUCCUCCUCCUCUUUUCCUUCCUCUCCCGCAAAGACGCGCUCGCGGUGGCUUGCACUUCCAAACAUGCAUACUGCUUAGCGACACCCAGCACUCUCCGUGACGCAAGUUAUCCUCUGUAUCGGGACGUCUCCGACGAGAGGUCUCGAUGGGAGUACAUUCUCGGACACGACAAGUUCCUGGGUGUCCCACGAAGGCGCUAUAUUCGAACACUCAGUGUUAGGCCCUAUCCCAAGAACGGAGACGAGAUCGCCUCACUCGUCGAAGCCUUGCCCUCGUUUUCAAACCUCCGGACACUCCGGUGUGACGGCAUCGAGGAGCUCAUAGAGCGACACCCACGCUUGGUCGAAUGUAUUCCGCCACGUUCUACCAUGCGCACUUUCCCUGUGCUCCCUUCCGUUCGCCACAUGAUAAACGAUGACUUCGUCUCGGACGCGUCCGAAAACAUCGUCGCGUACUGCCCAAACCUGAUCACGCUCCAGCUGCGUUCCGUCAUGAACCCCGGAGACUACGAACCUACGGAUCCCUCAGUGCUCCCCGAAGACGCCUGGCCGUCCCUCCGCAAGCUUGACUGCGACAUCCCGUGGUCGAGUUCGUACACGGGCCGCAUUGGACACGCGAGCAAAGUGACGUUCCGACAUGCACACCUGUACGACUACAAAUACUACCUCCCCAUCCUCAGAAAGACCCAACCGUCAUGCCUGUGCUUGAGCGACUUCAGAGGCGAAGGCAUGAGGUUGGUCUCGCACUCCGAGUUCGAGCCCAGGCAAGAUCACACCAAGUAUGCGUGGAAGGAGCUGGCGAACACGCUCCCUCAGCUGCGGUCGUUGGAGGCGAACUUAUCUUACACUACGUUCGACGAGGACUUUGUGAACAUGCUCCUAGACACGCUCCGCCCUCUCCCCCUCACGCACCUUUCACUUCACGCUCCCGAUGGGUUGGGCGACUCUGAAUAUAGUACCACCACCAUGGCGGACGUGAACGAAAGGCGCAUCGCGGAGGUACGCCGGGUCGACAUCCUCCGCGCGCUCCCAGACGCGCUCGCACGCGCCCUGCCGCACGUGUGGGUGUUCUCGCUUGGCCCGAUUUCGAUCGACGGAGUGGGCGGGACGAGUAUUUCUUCGCGUACUUGGAGGAAGACCACCCGGAUUUAG